AAGGACGCCGGAAGCCGGCUCGCAGGCCCGAGUUGCACUUAGGCGGGAAUUUGAUCUCUCCUCUCGCACUCUUGUGGCUCCAGCCUGCAGGCCGGCUCGGUGUGACUUCCCGCCCGCUCCCAGGCCUGGAGCCCUGGGCUUGAGGGAGUCCGCCGAAGUGACAGCGCGCCGUUCCAGAUGGGCGAGGAGGGCUCGGGGGACACCGUUCAUCUGCUAUGUCUCGCAGCCUCCAGUGGAAUCCCCCUGUUCUGCAGGAGCAGCCGCGGCGGUGCGCCCACCCGUCAGCAGCUCCCUUUCUCUGUCAUCGGCUCCCUCAAUGGAGUCCACAUGUUCGGGCAGAAUCUGGACGUGCAACUGAACUCGGCGAGGACGGAGGACACUACGGUGGUGUGGAAAAGCUUCCAUGACAGCAUCACCCUCAUUGCUCUGUCAUCUGAGAAGGGCACCUCAGAGCUCAGGCUUGAGAGAAUGCUCCACAUGGUGUUUGGAGCCAUGGUUCUUAUCGUGGGACUGGAAGAGUUGACCAAUAUCCGGAAUGUAGAGAGACUGAAGAAAGAGUUGAGGGCCAGUUACCGUCUCAUCGACAGCUUCCUGGGGGACUCAGAGCUCAUCGGGGACCUCACUCAAUGUGUGGACUGUGUCAUACCUCCAGAGGGGUCUCUACUGCAGGAAACCCUGUCCGGGUUCGCUGAGGCCACAGGCACUGCUUUUGUCAGUCUGCUGGUUUCAGGCCGGGUGGUGGCAGCUACAGAGGGCUGGUGGCGGCUGGGCAUGCCUGAAGCUGUGCUGCUUCCCUGGCUGGUGGGGUCCCUGCCUCCACAGGCCGCUCGCGACUAUCCAGUUUACCUGCCACAUGGGAGCCCCACGGUCCCGCAUCGGCUCCUGACUCUGACGCUGCUGCCGAGCCUGGAGCUGUGUCUGCUCUGCGGACCGCGUCCGUCCCUAAGCCAGUUGAAUCCUCAGCUCUUGGAGCGCUGGUGGCUGCCGCUGCUGGACCCCCUGCGGGGCUGCCUGGCGCUGGGCCCGCGCGCGCUCCCUGACGGCUUUCCCUUGCACGCCGACAUCCUCGGCUUACUGCUUCUCCAUCUGGAGUUGAAGCGCUGUGUCUUCACCGUGGAGCCCUUGCGGGAUAAAGAGCCUUCCCCGGAACAGCGCCGGCGUCUCCUCCGCAACUUCUACACGCUGGUGGCCACCACACACUUCCCAUCAGGCCCCACAGAGAAGACAGAGGAUGGAGUCCGUCCGGCCCAGAUGCCCAGAGCCUGCUACCUCGUGCUGGGGCCAGGCACUGGGUGGCAGCUGGUGGCUUUACAGCUAGGGCUCCGGCUGCUGCUGCUGCUGCUGUCCCCUCAGAGUCCCACCCAUGGGCUGCGAAGCCUGGCCACCCACACUCUACACUCCCUCACCCCACUCCUUUGACCACCUAGGGAUGUGUGGUGGACACAGGGCAUUAGUAGUGUCUCUGUUUAUUCGCUCACAAUAAUACACGACCCCUGACGGGGAGGGGUGGGAGGAGCUACGACGGGUGG